AUGAAGGACGAAAUCAGAAACCGGUGCGUCAGUGUGGCGUGCCGCACGAGCAAGCCCACCCCAACCAAGGGCACUCGAUCCCGUGCAUCAAACCUGAAAAGGGGCUCCACUACCACUACCGACGCUUUUACACCGCGGGUGAGGAGUGGAAGCCGCAAGCACCCACACACCGGCAGUACGACGUUAACCGGAGGAGAACUGGCAGCGCAGCCGCAGAGCCUCCGAAGGGCUCGCGGAGCCUCCGUUGCGACAACCGUUGCUCCUGAGGGCAUCGAGACUCUGGAUGUCGCGUCUGUGACGAGAUACCGGGGCAGCGACUGUGGUCGCAUUCCGCGUGCAAGCGGGAUCGACUCGACCCUAGUGGCAACUGCAAGAGGGAACAGCAGCCGGGGCUUCAGCUCAAGAGGCAGCACUGCCAUGUCGCCCCCGCUGCCGAUUUCUGCGGGGAAUUCAGCCAGCAACAGCUGCUCCGUGGCCAGCAGACGAAGCGAGGACCCCUCGCCGGGCUCCCCUCGCGCCUCCCCUAGGCCACUGCCAGCUGCCUCCAGUACCCUCGCCUCCUCCAUUGAUGGCAGCGUGGCGCAGCUCUGCCUCACCCCCUCUCCCCCCGCCGCCCCCCCGUAUGCUGCCUUUACCACACCGCGCUUUAAGGGGCACACACACGGCUCCGGCAGCGCACCUGGGGGCGCAGGCUCGAAGGAUUUGCCACCCCGCCACAUUGGCAUCCCAGGCAGUGGCAACUUGGAUAAGGACAGCUCCUCCUGCUCCUUCCACGCUAACCAAAACCCAACGAGCCCACAGACGGGGACCCGGGUGCACUCCCCGUUGCCGGUGAUACAGCAGCGCGGCGCCGAGAUGCAACGGCGUCCAUCUUUCGCGCCGCAGCCGCCCCUGCACGCGCUCCCUGCCGCACCUUCCAUGCCAGAACUCGGCGUGCCGUCGGUGAACACCGCACGCCAACCGCUGCCGCCACCACCACUGGUACAUCAGCGGUCGCAGUCCAUGCCGCCACUCGAAGAUGGCCAGCGUGGGGCCUGGAGUGUCAAAGGCUACUGGCCGCCUGCGGGCUCCCCGCUCUCCUUCGGUGCGCGAAGCCUGUCCCUCAUGAGCCCCUCGCGACCGUCGAGCAGGGGCGACCGCAGCAGCCCCAGAGAACGCAGCAACGGCGGCCAUCGCGCGGUGGUCUUUCAGUUUACUACAACAGAACACGAGGAGGGUUCGGCAACGACGACCCCGCCGCGAGACCACUCGAUCAGCAAGUCGAUGUGCUCCCUCUCCAUGCCUUCGGCAGCGACGUCGAUGGUGGACGAGCUGCCCCCUCCACCGCCUCCACCGCCGCCGCAGCUGUCGAUUGGGAGAGGAGUAACGAGCGGUGGAGGAACGCCGCCGCCGCCGCCCCCUCGCGUAAGUGUUCCUACGAGUCAACCUCUCCAUCCACUCGCCGGUUCAGGAAGUUGCGCGCGCGCGCCGUCUGAGGUUCACGGAAGAGACUACGCUAGAAACGACAGCGCUGGCGGUGGCGUCCUCGACGCGAGCAUCCCCAGCAGUCCUCACAGCAGCUCCGCCUCUUCCUCAUGGCGAGAGAACACUGGUCACGUAAAGCCCUUCUUGCUGUCGCCCGUGACGAGUCCACACAAAUCUCUAAGCAGCAGCAUCCUCGUCCCCUCUGCGGCCAUCCCAGGCACCAGCGAGGACGGUACGACUGUCUCCGAUGCGAAUGGUCUGCCGUCGCACUACCCCUCAAGCGCCACCUCCCUCCGCAGCGCACUGGUGAAGGUGCAAAGUAUCGUCAGCACCGACGGCGUGGGGGAGGAGGAGGACACAGUUGGACUUCGUCAAGCAGUGGCGCCGCCGCUCUCGUUGCGGGCUUGUUUCUCCGCGUCAGCAUUGGUGUCCACCGGUGCUGCAACAUCGUCGACUGUGAAAAACGACGCGCUCGGCGCUGACGCCGAUAAGCGGGCAGAUGUCGAGCCAAUCACCAUCAAUGGCGCCUCCGAUCCCGUAGGUGAGCCAGCGCAGUCCUCCGAGUCGCCGACGCCGCGACCGCCACCGCCCCCCGUGGCCGUCAAGACUACCCAAGGCGUAGGCAGGUCUAACAGCAAUAGGGACCACAACUCCAAGCCCAGCAGCGGCGGUGCCUCUGGCAAGAACAAAGUACAGAUUUCGAUAACCAUCCUGCAGGAGCCGUUGCUCGUGAGCAGUGAAAUCUCCGCCCACACCCGCCUUGCGAAGGCGCAGGCGCUCUCGCCUCGUCAGCAAGAGCUGGCGCAGUCGUUUCGCAACCGCAUCCAAGUUGGCGUCUGCCCUCUCCCUCCUCAGCGGUCAGUUCACCCCGUGACGUCAGCUUCGCGCGACCGGCGUCGCAGCGGCGGCGGCAGCACCACCAACAGGGAUACGAGCCGCUAUUUCGGUGCAGGGCGAAGCGGCAUCACGAGGCGACGGGAGCGUACCGUACGGCGCGCAAAAAACCAGCCGACACAGCAGCCUGUCGCCGCGCUGUCCUUCAUCGCGGUUGUCAUGGCUGCCGUCGCGUAUGCGAAGCUCCUCAGACUGGUGCAUGCCUUUCGCGUGCGUCGUCAUUUCGACGAGGUGAUUGCGCCUACCGCCGCGUACCGCAUCCAGUGCAAGUGGCGGCGGUGCCUGCAGCUGCGCCGGGUGGAGCAGAAGACGGCCGCGCAGCUGCUCGUGCCGUGGAUACGGUUCCGGCUCCAGCGCUUGCGUCGCGCCAAGGAUGCAAGUGCGCGUCUGCUACAGCGCGUGUUUCGCGGCGAGGUAGUGCGCUCCCUUCACCGGUACCUGUAUGAGCAGAUAAAGCUCAAUCGCGCGCUCGACGUCAUUCGCCGCUACGUGGAACGCUGGGAAGCACAGAAUCUCUACCGUAGACUGCAGAUGCAGCGCGAUGAGCGGGUCAUCGUGGUGAGUCAGUGCGUGCAAGGGUCCCUGCAGCUGUUUAGGGCAGAGCAAGUUGAGUGGAAUGCCAUCGUGCGGGACGGCGCCGAGACACUGAAGAGCAGGCCGUGCGUGAGUACGCAGGACUGGGUGGAAGGCGUGGCCGCUCUGACCGGGGUUGUGCUCGACCCGCGGGCGUCGAACCGCAUCCGCUCACCAGACGCGAGUCCAGUGGUGUCGACCAGUGCCGGGUCGACAUGUGCGGCGCAGCUACGCGCGUGUCUUGCUGGGUUUGCGCGGCUGGAGCAUCAACGGUUCCGGUCCCGUGACAUCACGGACGAUAAGACGGCAAGCAGUAGCGAAGGCUCAGCGCCAUCCUCCGCUGUGCUGCCGCCAUGGCCGUUGCAGCCCACCCCGGCCCUGGAGAUGCGCGUAACAAAGCUGAUACAAGGUGAGCGCGAAGGCAGCUCCGUGGCGGCGCACGGUGACGACGCCCACUCGCACACUGCGGCGUCGACGGCGGGCGACGGCGCAUCUGACUCGCCGACAUCAUCGGCUUCGCUGGCCACGGAGGACGACUUGGUUACCACUUAUGUACAGCUUCUUUGCCGCACCGAGGCCGCAGAGCGGGUGGCGCUGGAGCGUCGGUUGCUCGACGAGCACCAAGGGUCCCGUGACAUCACGGACGAUAAGACGGCAAGCAGUAGCGAAGGCUCAGCGCCAUCCUCCGCUGUGCUGCCGCCAUGGCCGUUGCAGCCCACCCCGGCCCUGGAGAUGCGCGUAACAAAGCUGAUACAAGGUGAGCGCGAAGGCAGCUCCGUGGCGGCGCACGGUGACGACGCCCACUCGCACACUGCGGCGUCGACGGCGGGCGACGGCGCAUCUGACUCGCCGACAUCAUCGGCUUCGCUGGCCACGGAGGACGACUUGGUUACCACUUAUGUACAGCUUCUUUGCCGCACCGAGGCCGCAGAGCGGGUGGCGCUGGAGCGUCGGUUGCUCGACGAGCACCAAGAGUUUCUGCGCGAGCCGGUGCUGCGGUGCAAGGCUAUCUCCUACGCCAUCGAGAUGCGGGUUCCACCACUCUUCUCGCCUCUGCUGCUGAGCAUGCCAUCUGAUUUACUGUUGCGCCAGGCCGCUCAUCUCUUCAAAACCGAGCGAGAGGCGCGAUGCGAGAUUAUUCAGCUGUACGAGUCGAUGCCGCUCGCGUGUCUAAGCCGGCCCAUGCUGAACCCCGCUGCAAAGGCUCGUCACAGCGAGCUCGUGCGGCUCGUGAACGCCGUGGACAACCCGUGGAGUGACGCGGAGCGUAGCGAGCGACGCUUUUACUGCGAGACCGCCGCCUACAAGCACCUUGCGAGCAGCACGAACAAGCUGGAGAGCGGUAUCUCCCUCUCCUACACACCGCAGCCGUCUUCGAUCCCGCUCGGUCCCGACAACGUUCCCUGCCCUCGCUUGACGGGUCCGUCGCAUGCGGCGACGCACAACAACGGUGGUUACUCUGUGCCGUUGCUGCAGCACCUACCGCGCCCAACCUCCUACGGCACUUCGAGCGGACUACGAGUCUGCAUGAAUGUCACACCACACAUACACUAUUACGCCAACUCUCUCAUCACGGCAUCUCUGCCGGCGCACGCGACGCUCCUCUUGCCGCCUUCCAACAACGCCGCGGCCUCAUCGGUGCCAGAGGGCGGCGGUGCCGCGGAGACAGACAAGGACGACCGUCACACGAACAGCUAUCUGGCCAGCUGGCACCGCGGGAGAAGCGAAGCUCAAGGCAAGACAGCGAUCCCGUCGCCGCAUCGCCGCCCACGCGGACCGCCGCUGCCGCUGCUGCGAAAACUGCUGCAGAGUUCCGGCCGCGCACGCAGCGGCACCUCGCGUCUGCCACUCCAGCGACUCCCUCUCGUCUCUACGCAUGUUCGCAAGAAUAGAGAGGGAGCUAGUGGACCGUGGCCACCCCUGCUAAGCACCUACCCGAACACCACCGACUUCUGGCUUGUCGAUAUCCGGGGGCCCUCGACGGAGCAAGAGGGAAGAGAUCCACAAGUUGGUAUUGCAGGGUCUUCUCAGCGCUCCACCAACGACGUCUCACAGGACGCUGACCCAGGAUUUGCGCCGCGGCUACUCUCCCCUGCCAUCGUGAAGGGGGGGCGCUGUACCACCACGGCACGCCCCACAUCGGCGGCGCCGGUCGUGGCAGCAGGCCAUUUCUCCGACCCUCGUGGGUUCAGAGCCCCGGGACCGGUCACGAUCAGCAGCCACUUCAGUGGGAACGUCAUAGAGAACACCGCCGUAUCCGGCCAUGAGAAGACGGCGCCGCUACACCGCACAGGUUUGGUGGAGCGCACUCACACAGCCCAGCCGGUCGGUGCGCCAGAUCCGGGAUUCAUUCCCUUGACGACAACAGUAAGGUCGAUGUCCAGGGAGCAGUGCUCCACCGCAGCGCCGCGAGAGCCCCUGGCACCGUCUUUGAUGCUGCAGGAGCUUCCCCUGUGCCAACGUAAACAGAACGAUACCCCCGUCCCGGCGCGAGUUGGCAAGGACACCCCCGGUGAUCCCACGUUGCUCAGCGCCCCAACGUCCGACUUCUCCAGCGCGUAUGUUGCGAGUGCACUUAUGAUUUCCACCACAGCUGCCAAUCACCCCAGAGGGACAUGGCAAUCUUCUGGCUGCGACCCCUCUCUCCUCUACAUGCCCCUCUCCAUGCGAAGCGAGGUGCGCGAUGGCGACGGCGAGGCAGGCGGUGCUGAAGCGGAUGCUGAGCUACACCAAGGGCAGCAGCAACAGCAGAAGCAGAAGCAGCCGUCCACAACCUCAGCAGCAUCGGCAGCACAGGUUCCCACGCCGUUAGCGGCUUGCCGAGGCGAGGCAGUCGACUUUCCGCCCACUCCGGCACUUUCCUCGUCCGCAUUGACUGUGGCAGAGAGGGGAGCCGACGGCGGGAACUGGAUUCCCCUCACCCCGCAGCGGCUCCGCCCACCCACCCCACCACCGCGUCAAUGCCAUACCGCGCAGUCCGCGGCUCAUGUGGGCGAAGCACCGGAGAGAAGUACUGUGCGCACCAUCGUCGCUGCCAACCCUGCCGAUCGCGCUGGCCACCCUGUCUCGCACAACGCCCCUGCCUCUGCAGGGUCUUUGAUCAGCCCCUAUACCCAUCGACCUCACCACUGGGCUGCAGUCCACAGCGCCGGCAGGAAAACCAAUGCAAUGGAUGUGAAGAGCAGCGGAAUUAGUAGCAGUGAUGUGAAGCGAGCCAGGAUGCCUACGGUCAAGACACUGCUAUCACCAGCGGCUCCCGUUGUCGCCGCUGUCGCCGCCGAAACGCAACCUCUGUCGCUCUCCCGAGGAUGA